AUGAACUUCCUCGAUGAUGCAGGCUUCACUGCUGCCAUGCCAGGCUCUCCGCCCGACCUCAGCGGCUCGAAAUCCUCGAAAUCCUCCUCCUUCCACUCCUCCUACCAGUCCGACGAGAACACCAUAAUUGAAGAUGUGAGCAACUUCGAGGACAUUGGCCUCGACGAUGAGUCGCGCGCCGACACCGAUAUUGCACACUUCCAGACGAAGACCAGCUCCAACCCGUACGAUGCAACGUUUGCCAGCGAUCUGCGGUCUACCUCGACCACUAGACAGCCAAAACGCAUCCCGAUGUCGAAUGCGAGUGCCAAUCGCUCGCAGAGGGAAUUGACCGUAGGGAAGCCAAAGCCCCCCUUUCCGAGUCUACGGGGCCAGGUCAAAAGUGCGACGGAUAGCUUGGGAUUAAUGCCUGUUUCCAAUGCCUCUACACCGACCCUACGAAGGGGAUUAAGCAGCCCCAGUUCCCCUUCUUUUUCUACCAUGAGACGAAAUCGAAGCUCGAGUCCAAAUACAUCCGCCACAUCCGCCCAAAGUCUUUCUGCCGGGAAGUUAAGGGUAAGGAGAAGCAGCUGGCAGGCUAAUAGGGAGAGGAAGACUGCCCAACAGCUCGAGCUGGAGUGCGAUGAAGAUGAUGGAGAUGAUGUGCCGGAUGAGUGUUUCCUAGAGAAUGUACCGAUUUCUCCACGGCCUCCUCAAGAAAGGGCCGCCAGCCGAUCACCAUCAACCGCGACAAGCCCCGAGCGAUCUCCCAAGGAGAAACCCAGACCGGUUGGCAAUGGCACGUCUCCGAUCCCAGCGGAACAGGGAGAACUAAGGUCCCCCAGACCGCCAGGGAUAGCCGGAAAUCGGGGAAUUAGUAUGGGCCAGUUUCCUAUAAAUCAUGAUUCGUUCUCAAAGGGCCGGGCGAAGAGUUGGACAGCUGCCUUGUCAACACUGAGCGACGAAGCGAAGGCUUUGACCGAGGCGUUGGAAGCCCACGCGGAGGACGAGGAAUCUAGGGCGUCAGACCCACGACACCAGAAAAGCUCCAACUCCAACAAGCCUCGAGUCAAAUCCGCGAUCGCUGAGUUGCCGCCUUUACGGAGGACUGAUAUUAUGAUCGACCCACUUCCUAUCUCGAAAGAGAAGGAGGCAGUUCUGUCUCGGACUCGUCCUUCCUGGCUUCCGCCGAAAGAUCCAGCGGAAGAGAAACGCCACCUCAGAGAAUACCAGCGGAUGAUGGCUAUGUCUGCUGAGGCAGACCGGAAGAGGGAGUCUCAAAGGCUAGCAAAAAAUACUUGCAAAGAUGACACAGUCAACUCGCUUCUGAAAAUCUGGGAGGAGCAUGUGCUUCCAAACUGGGACGAGGUUACUCGCCAGAAACGAACGAGAGAACUCUGGUGGCGUGGGGUAACUCCCCGGAGCCGAGGAAGUGUGUGGGCGAAGGCAAUUGGGAAUGAACUCGGGCUCUCCGACGCUUCAUAUACUGCGGCGCUGCGCAGAGCCCAAGCUUUGGAGAACACGGUAAAGAGUGGUUCUCAGUUGAACAACGAGGAAUUGAAAAAGAAGGGCUGGCUGGACCGGAUCGAAUCUGAUGCAAAGAAGACGUAUCCCGAGCUAAAGAUCUUUCAACCGGACGCACCACUCCAUGAAUCGUUGUUGGACGUGUUGAAGGCCUACGCUAUGUAUAGGAGCGAUGUUGGAUAUGUGCAUGGCACGAGUACCAUAGCUGCGAUCCUACUCCUAAACCUCCCUACCCCUUCGGCCGCCUUCCAAGCUUUGUCGAAUGUCCUGAACCGCCCAUUACCACUCUCGUUCCACACGAAUGACCCGGGCGCAACAACACGAGUAUACGCCCUUCUACUUUCAACAAUCUCUAUCAAAUCCCCUCGAUUAUACGCUCUGCUUAAAAACCCCAUGUUCAACCUCCAACCAGAAAUGUAUCUCGGUGACCUUUUCGCCAGUAUGUUUACGGGUUGCCUGAGUCUUGACAAUGCUACUCGGCUUUGGGACGUCAUGGUCUUCGAAGGCGAUGCCGUAUUGGUCCGAGCCUGUGUCGCAUACCUACUCUCCAUAGAAGGCAGACUUUUUGGUGCGCAGAGCGCAAAGGAAAUCUGCGACAUUGUCCGCGGUGGCUUGGAUAGCAAUCUUGGAGAGGAGGAUUGGAUGAAGUGUUUAAGAAGCGCCGGAAAGUCAUAA